AUGGUUCCCGAUCAGAAAAAGGUGGCCUGUCCUCUUCAGGUGCUGUCUCUGGGUGCAGAUGUGUUGCCAGAGUACAAGCUUCAAGCUCCUCGCAUCCACAAGUGGACGGUGUUGCACUACAGUCCCUUCAAAGCAGUGUGGGAUUGGUUAAUUCUGCUUCUGGUCAUCUACACUGCCAUCCUGACCCCCUACUCAGCUGCCUUCCUCCUCAAUGACCAGGAAGAGGUAGCCAAGCAGAACUGCGGUUACUCCUGCUCUCCCCUCAAUGUGGUGGACCUCAUAGUAGACAUCAUGUUCAUUAUUGACAUCCUCAUCAAUUUCAGGACAACAUAUGUGAACUCUAAUGAUGAAGUGGUGAGCCACCCGGUGCGCAUCGCCGUCCAUUAUUUUAAAGGCUGGUUCCUCAUCGACAUGGUUGCUGCUAUUCCCUUUGACCUGCUCAUCUACCGCAGUGGAGAGGAGACCACCACACUGAUAGGCCUGCUGAAAACUGCUCGUCUCCUGCGAUUGGUUCGUGUAGCCAGAAAGUUGGACCGCUACUCAGAGUACGGUGCAGCUGUCCUCUUCCUUCUCAUGUGCACCUUCGCCCUCAUCGCUCACUGGCUGGCCUGCAUCUGGUAUGCAAUUGGUAGUGUAGAGAGGAACGGUUCAAUAGGCUGGCUCCACACCCUGGGGGACCAGUUGGGAAAACACUUCAAUGAUUCUAUCCCAGGUUCAGGACCUUCAAUCAAAGACAAGUAUGUCACAGCUCUUUACUUCACAUUCAGCAGUCUAACCAGUGUGGGUUUUGGAAAUGUGUCACCAAACACCAACUCUGAGAAGAUCUUCUCCAUCUGUGUUAUGCUCAUCGGAUCCCUGAUGUACGCCAGCAUCUUUGGGAACGUAUCAGCCAUAAUCCAGCGGCUCUACUCAGGGACGGCCCGCUACCACACCCAGAUGCUGAGAGUCAGGGAAUUUAUCCGCUUCCACCAGAUCCCCAACCCUCUCAGGCAGCGACUGGAAGAGUACUUUCAGCACGCCUGGUCCUACACCAACGGCAUUGACAUGAACGCCGUACUCAAAGGGUUCCCUGAGUGUCUCCAGGCAGAUAUCUGCCUCCACCUGAACCGAACGCUGCUGCAGAACUGUAAGGCCUUUAAAGGCUCCACCAAGGGCUGCCUCAGGGCACUGGCCAUGAAGUUCAAGACCACCCACGCACCCCCCGGCGACACGCUGGUCCACGCCGGGGACGUCCUCACCGCCCUCUACUUCAUAUCCAGGGGAUCCAUAGAGAUACUGAGAGGAGAUGUGGUGGUAGCUAUCUUGGGGAAGAACGACAUAUUUGGCGAACCAAUCAACCUGUACCCCCGCCCUGGUAAAUCCAAUGCUGAUGUGAGAGCUCUAACUUACUGUGACCUCCAUAAAAUUUUAAGAGAAGACAUUCUGGAGGUGCUGGACAUGUAUCCUGAGUUUGUUGAACAUUUCUGGAGCAACCUGGAAAUCACCUUCAACCUAAGAGAUACCAACAUGAUCCCAGGCUCUCCAAGCAGUGAUGACUCCACCGGUGGUGGGUUCAACAAAUUACGGAGGCGGAAGUUAUCAUUUCGAAGACGUACAGAAAAAGAUGAUGCAGAUGCUGGAGAAUAUAAAAAAUCUCAUAAAUCUUCGAGGCGAAGACAGAAGGAGUCAGCCAACAACCAAAGAGAGAAGGAGGAAGCACCUAAAAGACAUUGGGGGGGUCAUCGAAGCUCGGUAUCUUCACACUCCAGUGGUGACGAGGGGGAGGAGCAUGUUGUGGCUGGCCUUGCUCCACCACUUGGAUUGCUAGAGCCCCACAAGGCACAAGCCCCUCCCAGGAACUUCAAUGAGACCACAGAGGCUGAGGGAGACCCCAAGCCCGGAAACACCUGCAAUGCCCUUUCAGGUGCUUUCUCAGGUGUGUCCAACAUCUUUAGCUUCUGGGGAGAGAGUCGAGGUGGUAGUCAGUAUCAGGAGGUCCCCAGCUGCAGCCUGGCCCCCCCCCCACCUCUUAAUACACCGCUGCACAGCCUGAGCCGUCAGCAGCGCAGCCAGCUAGACACUCGUCUUGACCUACUGCAGAAACAGCUCAACAGGUUGGAGAGCCGCAUGUCAGCGGACAUUGGCGUCAUCAUGCAGCUUCUGCAGAGGCAGAUGGCCAUGGUUCCUCCAGCUUACAGUGCCGUUUCAUCACCUCCUCAGCCCUCACCCUACCCUGGUCCAGGACCAGGAGACCGAGCAGUUCCGCCCGUCCCACCUUUAGAAACAGAUACACUGGCUUCCCUAUCACAGAUUUUGGACUCCCAGAACUUUGAAGAGUUCCCAGCCAAGCCACUGGAUUCUAUGCAGCCCCAGGACUCCUCUCUUAUCACCACUGACCAGGAUCAACCUGAAUCCUCUGGACUGGGCAGCUUGGGGCAGCAUCUGGAGCUGGAGCUCGGACUUUGCAGCGGGGCUGGAGUGAUGGCAGCAGGGUGCACAGCAGAUGUGGAAACGCGUUUGGGAGGAGAAUUGGACUUUGCAUCAGGGGAACAUAUGAGGCCAGCUGCUGGGACAGAGGUAUCACCUAUGGAUGCUGAGACCCAAGGAAGGUUCUCACUUCAAGAAUCACAGACACCUCUGGAUUCACAGACACCACAGCGACAUGGCUCUGACCCAGGGGGGAGCUAAGGAAAAAGGGGAGAGGAGGGGGAGAAGAGCGGUAUUGAUUGUUUCAUAUAGCAAGUAGAAGAUCAGGUGGCACCAGCUGGAUCUACCAUUUAAACCCUUUCAGGCACUGACCAUUAACCUGUUCAGACAGAGUAAAGCCAUGAUAAAGGGUCAAGAAAAUUGCUGAACCUCUCCUUCUGCCUCAGUCUUUGUCUUUGAGUACCCCCUCAGGAGACAUCUUGAGCUUUCUGAGCUUCAACCUUUAACCAAAACCAUAAGCCGAACAGAGGUCAUCUCUGUCUCUAACCCUGAUCAGUCUGGUCUGGGCCUCUCAGUCAGCUGCUAAGGAUCCUUCGUUUUGAAAAGACCACCAACUUAUAUAAGAAUCCCUUUACUGCUGUAUCCAGUGUUGGAGGACUGAAGAGAACAAGACAACAUUGGACAAAAUAAUGACAAAAAAGUAGCCAUUUUACGUCUUGCACUGAAAACCUUGAUACGGUGAUUAUUCUUUCUAUAUAUGUCCAAUGCGCUUCCGAUAAACUCACAGACUGGUUGGUGAUUUGUAGUGUUAGCUGGCCUAACAGGAAUCCUGCUGUCCCUUUCUGUCACUGGUUCUGUCCUCUUGAUGUCCUGCCCCAAGAGGCGAAGCUAAUGUUACAAUUUAUACUCUGCCCAAGAGCACACUGGAUUGGCUGGUCCGCACAUCAGGGUGUAGGAACUGGAGGGUUACAAGCCAUGAAUUUUCUUGAAGAACAUAUCAGCUGCCCUAUCAUAAACGUACACAUUUCCUACAGAGCUGAACAGACAUGGCAUGCUUGGGUAGUGUCAGUAACAGGUAAACUGGCAAACUUACAAGGUUUCCACAAGAGCAGUACACCAAAACAGCUCUGUAUAGACUUAAUCAAGCAGGAACCUAACUCCAUGAGCUCCUGCAUGAGCUGUGGCCUUACAGGGAAACUAAAAAGUCACUUGAUCAUCAACCUCUGUGAAGUGAUGAGGUCAGCAGUGAUUUCUAACACCCAGUUAAGGCUCAUACGUAGAAGAAUUCUAGUUUAUCAUUAUUGAAUUUGCUACCUCAGAUUUUAUUGGUCCUUAAUUUUGUUUUCACCCCAAGCACGCACCCUGAAUGCUUUUACCUUGUAUAUAUGAGCUUGUCAUGUGAUACGCAAGUAUACGAGUUUGCCAGUUUACAACAACCAGCCGAAUGCGGCAUUAUUAUUCGAUGUACAGUACAAUAUGCAAACACUGGCAGGAAGAAAUGAGUCCUGUACUACUAUGUGUGGGAUAGGGUCCGGUCGGAGGCUUUCAGUGUGGGUUUGUCUCUGUUCUCGUCUCAUACAGAGUUUGGCAUGUUUGCUUCAAAAUGUGAUAAAGGCUCACUGGGUUCUUUUGCUAGGGUUUUUUUUUCCCAGACAGACAGAUGAAUGAAUCCUCUUGAAAGAGGCAGGUGGAAGGUUUGCUGUAUGAAAUACAAACCCUUUAAAGUGUUUCAUUACAGAAGACAUGGUCCUUUUUAAAGUGGUUAAAAGAACCAAGACAUAAUUAUAUUUUAGCGCCAUUUUACAUUACAGCGUUAAGUGGAGUUCUGUUGAGAAGUGCAGUCAAAAUCUGCCGGCUGCUUUAAACUUUUAGUCCCCUCAUUUUGCAUCUCUAGAUACAAAUUUGUUUAAUUUGGAGCCUGAAGCUGGCAGUUUGUCCAAUUCGAGCUGAGUGGCUCAUAUAAAAUAUUCCAGUCCCUGCUUGACAUGUUCUUAUUUUGCACUUUUGUGCUUGUCUCUUCUAUUGUGUUUCUAAAUACAGAAAAGCUCUAAAAAUGCUCCCAUUUUUAUGUUCUGACAAAUAGAGUAGAUGUUUCAUAAAACUCAAAUAAAAAAAAAAGCAACCUCAGAAGUUGAUGCUAACUUUAGCACACGUUAGCACAUAAUAGUUAACCAGUCUCUAAAUCCACAUAGUUAAAUGAAUAAAUGUCAGGGUAACCUAUGGUUAUGGAAGCAAGUGUUGUCUUCUAGCCUGACAAGAACUGUGUAUUGGUUAACACAAUAGGGUAACUCAAAGUUCAAUAAUUAAUUACUCAUAGAACUUCCUUUUGUUCUUCAAAAUAAGAGUCUCACACAUAUAUACAAUAGGGUGUCAAGCCAAAAGCACUAACCUUCAUACCUGGGGCCUGUAAUAAAAAGUUUAACUUAUUUUACCAGACAAAGCCACCUGGCGACAGUACCUGAAUAGACAAACUUUACAUUAAUCAGGAAUAUUGGAGCAUUUUAAUAUUGCAAGAUCUUGUUUCACCUCUAAGAAAAAAAUGUUCAAAUAACUUUUUAAAUCCCCAAACAAUAGACAGUUUUUACUGUUUAUUUAAGGUAUUUAUAAAAGACCAUCCAACGUUGCAGUCUAUGACAGUCAUCUUCCUACAUGUACUUUAAAACAGAACAUGUUAGUUGUGUCAUUAUUGGUAAUGCUGUUUUUCUGGCUGGUUACAUUUAACAGGUUCUGUUAUGCAGUGCAUGCAUCACAUGGGAAGCUAAUUGUGAUGGAUCUCAUUCCACCUUUACAUGUGCAUCUGUAUCUAUGGCUAACGUGACACCACUUUACAACAUCUGCCUGAUCUGCUCUGGCAUUUUGAGGCUCUAGGUGUUUAGGAUGGCCCAAUCAGAAAAUACACAUUAGCAUCAGCUUGUUGUACAUGCUAAUUCUACUUAUGCAAAAUAAAGAUACUAAGAGUUAUUUAA